GGAAGUGGAGAAAUGGCGUCAAAAAGGCACUAACUCUCUGGAUGUUUGUUUCUGGCAAGAUGGAUCCUAGUCUGUCUAAGAAUACAAUGAUGAAAGAGGAACAGAAGGCUAGCCUGAAAACGGAGAGGCAACCGCAGGAUGGUGCCAUCAAGUCGAAGCCAUUGAAAUCUAAAUGUACAGAAAAGAUGGAGGAAAACUCGGUUUCUAAGAGCAGCAAAUAUCUCCCCUCAUUCAACUACCUCAUUAAGAACUCUGGUCAGUACUUCACAUCGAGGCGAGUCGUCAUCGUGCCCUUCGUCUGCGAAGAAUGUGGUGAUGCCUUUGAGAGCAUCUCGGACCUUGUGCAUCACUUCCGGAGCCACUUCAACGGAAGUCUCUACGAGUGCUCGGUGUGCCUGACUCCCUUCAGCAGUAAACAUUCCUUGAAGAAGCAUAUGAUGGCACACUCUACAGGAGAGACCAAAGGGGGAAGACUCUGUGAAAGUAAGGGAAGUACUUUGGGGUCGAUUAGGACGGAUGAAGAUGAUGGGGAUGCCGCUUUGUUCAGAUGUCUUCACUGCAGGAAGGCCUUUGACAGCUUGUCCGACCUUGAAGAUCAUGCCGUAGAGCAUCAGAUCCAGGAGCUACACACGUGCCCAGAGUGUGGCAGGUGCUACCAGCAGAAACACCUCCUGGACAACCACAUCCAGAUGCACCACGUGGAGCUAUGGACCUGCGAGGAGUGCGGAAAGAACUUUGAGAACAAGAAGCGGUUGAUGGUCCAUUACGAGGUACAUAAUGGCAUCCAGGCGGAGAAGCGGCACAAGUGCGAGGAGUGUGGGAAGGCUUUCGUGGCAAAGUCGAAGCUUCUACGGCACAUGCGUGUUCACACGGGUGAGCGGCCGUUCCGCUGCGACAUCUGUGGCCGCGGAUUCAACGACAGAUCCAAUCUGUUCAUUCACGCUCGUGUCCACACCGGUGAGAAACCUUACUCUUGCACACAGUGUGGGAAGUCUUUCACGGGAAAGAACGACUUGAAUAGGCACGAAAUGAUACACACUGGAACCAAGCCGCACUCAUGCAAGCAGUGCGGGAAGGGUUUCCGUGAAAAGUCCAAGUUGAAACGCCACAUCAAGACACACCUUAUACCCAACGCCAUGCUCAAACCUCACAAGUGUGCUACAUGCGGAAAAGGUUUCCGUGAAAAGUCAAAAUUGAAGAGGCACAGUAAGAUACAUGAAAGGGAUACAAAAAGUUGAGCGUUUUUCGCCCAUGUUUACUUUGAUUUUUAGGAUUCGUUAUGAUUAAGAUUUUUCUUUUUCCAACAAUGGCUCUGAGAAAUUUGACAGGAAUUCUUCUAUUCAUUCCAAUCAGUUUCUGUGUAUAUUGUUACUUUUAUGUAUGCACUCCCAUCAGUUGAAUCUUUUUAAUUCCGUCGCAAUCAUGUUUUUUUCUACAAAAAUUAACUUUAAAGAAAGGAAACAGUAGGAUUUGAAUUGCUUGAAAAAUUUCCUUAGAAUGUAGUUACCAUAUUUCUGAAAGUGGAAACAGUUUGCACUUAAAAAAAUCCCCCCAAAUCAAAGACAAAUAAUUUAUGAACACUUUUUGGUUGGUAUAAAGGUAAAUUAUUCAUUUUUUUAGGGGCAACUUAGCCUCUGAUGAGGGGAAAAAGCAGUCAUGUAUUUCCUUCACUGAUAAUGAUGAUAUACAUGUACCAGCAUGUAUCCACAUGAUAAAUGUGGAUGUUCUAUAUACCAAAGCAACAAAUUUUUCCAGGAUAUAUUGGAUAUCACCUUGAAUAUAAAUUUUAUGGUGUCCCACUUCUAAUCUAAUUAAUUAAUUGUAAUUAAUUUAUUUUAAGAUUUAUGAAUGCUAGGGCAUGAACUUGAUUCCCCAUGAAGU